GCGAAUGACACUAUGCACCGACCAGGCUUUAACCCUUCGGGGUUGCGCCCGGUUUAUCACUGCUCAAGAGAGCUAUUUGCAAGAAGAGGCAUUUUGAACGCAUGGCCACGCCGCUUUGUUUCUCUGGAACGUCUAAGUUGCUCCUCGAGUCUGAUACAAGGAUCCGAAAACAAGAAGCGUCUGUUUACGCCGGCUGUUACCACAUUUUUCCAAAUUCGAACGUCGGCAAGCGAAGCCGUAGAGACAAAGAAAAAGAGCACGUCACUAGCCGCCUCAGAUGUGCCAUCUUAUCCUGAACCGGGCACUCGAGCGGCGGAUUGGCAAAUUGUCAAGGAACUGACUGCGUACCUUUGGCCAAAAGGCGAGCCAGGAAUAAAAGCGAGAGUGAUUGUUGCGCUAUCACUGUUGAUAGGAGGCAAAGUUUUAAAUGUCAACAUUCCUAUUCUAUUCAAACACGCAGUGGAUAUCCUCCAGCCUAUGCCAGGGGCUACAGUUAUGACCGUAGCUGGCACAGUUCUCCUUGGAUAUGGGGCGGCCCGGCUGGGAUCAUCUUUGUUUCAGGAAUUGAGAACUGCUGUGUUUGGCCGAGUUGCACAACGUGCAAUAAGAAGCGCUGCCUGCAGUAUCUUCUACCACAUGCUGCGUCUGGAUCUGAGCUUCCAUCUUAAUCGACAAACUGGCGGACUGGUUCGAGCUAUUGAUCGGGGCACUAAAGGAAUCAAUCAAAUUCUCUCCUCGAUGGUAUUCCACGUCGUUCCUACCGCACUCGAAAUUUCGAUGGUUUGCGGUAUUCUUGCCUACAGUUUCGGUUCGGCGUACGCAGCAGUCACAUUAGGGACAAUGGGCACAUACGCUGCGUUUACCUUUGCAACUACCAGCUGGCGUGUUAAAUUUCGCCAACAAAUGAAUGCUGCUGAUAAUAAAGCUGCGUCAACGGCGACAGAUGCUCUCCUCAAUUUUGAAGCUGUGAAGUAUUUCACAAAUGAGCGCUUCGAAAUGAAAAGAUAUGACCGAUCCCUGGCGAAGUACGAAGAAGCUGCGAUCAAAUCUGUCACAUCGCUGGCGUUUUUGAACGCAGGACAGAGUGCCAUAUUUUCGGUAGCUCUGACGGCUAUGAUGUGGAUGGCUGCUCAGGGCAUCAUAGCGGGAUCGCUGACAGUCGGAGAUCUAGUUAUGGUCAACGGUCUCCUAUUUCAGCUAUCGAUGCCCUUGAACUUCCUCGGAACUGUAUACCGCGAAACGCGCCAGAGCCUCAUUGAUAUGGACACAAUGUUCCGCCUUCGUCAUGUCCAGCCUCAGAUUACAGCACCUCCGAAUGCUCCUCCCUUGGUCCUCCGGAAAGGAGGAGAAAUACAGUUGAAAGAUGUCCAAUUUGCUUAUCACUCCAGUCGUCCGAUCCUUAACGGUGUCGAUAUUACCAUUCCGGCUGGAAAGAGUGUAGCUUUCGUUGGUCCAAGUGGAUGUGGUAAAUCGACAAUUUUACGACUGCUGUUUCGCUUCUUCGAUCCGCAGCGUGGCACCAUCACGAUUGAUGGGGAUGAUAUUCGAGGGGUAAGCUUGGAAAGCCUGAGGCAGUCCAUGGGGGUCGUGCCGCAAGAUACCAUCCUGUUCAACCAAACGAUAUAUUACAAUAUUCUGUAUGGGCGACCUGAUGCAUCCAGAGAGGAAGUGGAGGAAGCUGCACGAAAGGCAAGAAUCCACGACGUCAUUGUAAACAACUUCCCUGAAGGAUACGAAACCAAAGUCGGGGAACGAGGAUUGAUGAUUAGUGGCGGAGAAAAGCAAAGGGUUCAGCUUGCACGAACCUUUUUGAAGAACCCGCCAAUAAUGCUCUUUGACGAAGCAACAUCAGCCUUAGAUCAAUCGACGGAGACUGCCAUUAUGACGACCAUCCGCGAAUUCCUGCACGACCCGCAUCCAGCGACACAGGCAGCUGGAUUGGGGUCGCGAACCGCCAUUUUCAUCGCGCACCGCCUUCGUACAAUUAUGGAUUGUGAUUUAAUUGUUGUCAUGAAAGAGGGCCACGUAGCAGAAUCUGGGACACACGACGAACUGCUUCUCAAAGGCGGAGUGUAUGCGAGCAUGUGGAAAGCACAGCAGGAAGGAUCUGGCUCCGAUGACGUGGAGAGGGAAGAGCCCGAGAGAGUCGAAGAAGAAGACGCAAUACGCGGAAGGAGGAAGGCAACAAAGGACCAAAGUGAGGAGAGCAGCCGCGACCCAGCAGUCGGCGGCAAGGAGCCUGCCGUACUAUCAGGAGUGCCAACGUCUACGCCUAGCUCGUGAUACACAUUCAGAUCCCCAUUGCUUAUAUAUAUAUAUAAAAGUUUACACUAGGUCAACAAUACUAUGCUGCAUUGCGGUUUACCCGA